AUGGCCGCUUCAGCCAACAACGCAGAACUCAUGGCCAUCGCCUUGAACGGCAGCGAGAACCUCGUCCCCGCCGCCGAAGAGCGCUCUCAAGUCGCCGUCCACAGAUUCCUGUCUUUGGCCCCAACCACUUCUGCAUCCUACCCAACUCUUCCCAAGACAACAACUCCCAAGUCACCCGUCCAAACCGCUAUUGCUGGCACUGACGCAGCGGUCGAGGCCGCCAUCCCGGCCCUUCCGGUCGAUGUUGAGCCCAAGACGCGACGAAGCUCCAGCUUGAGCAGCAACGGCAGCCUCAUGUCCAAGCGACGCUUCUUGAAGUUGGGCCCCGUUCACUUCGGCGAAGGUGAUGGAGAUUGGAGCGAGGAGGUCAUCAACUAG